AUGAUUUUGCAAUUACCCAUGCUUUACUCCUCUGCACUUGAAAUAUAUAACCUUGUGCUUCUCAAUUUUGAUUGGUGUUUUAGAAUAUUUUAAAAUAAAUACUAUCAAAGGAAGAUAUAUAUCAUUAUUCUUUUCCGAGCAAAAGAGACUGCAUUACCCAUAGGGUUGUUGAAGAACAUUCACCAACACUUUUUAUUUUUAAAAUUGUCUUAUUUAUGGCAUGUUUUUGAGGUGAAGGUCCAUCCUCCUUUAAAAAUUACUGGAGAAAUGGGAAACUGCUUAAGUAGGUUGUCUCUGAUAAAAUUUAGGUUGGAAUCCCAUAGUCCAUGCCAAAUUUUUAAAUGCUAUUGAAGCAGAAACUCCAAAAGUUAUUACAGGUUUGACAAUAAUUAUCUUUCUUGACUAGCCAAGACAGUUUAAUUGAAAUUGAGCUAGUUUUAAGCUGUAGAUCAAGUUUGUGAAAAAGAUUAUAUAUUCUUAUUGUCACAAUGAGAGGAGAAUAGACUUAGUGACCUAGGUAGGUGGGUGUGUCUGUUAAUGAACAGUGCAUAGAGAUUGAAUCAUUCUCUCAUUCCUCUUCUCCAGUUAAUGAAUUAUCUCGAUAUUCAGGGUUGCCAAUGUAGUGUCUUGAAGAAAUGAUAGUUUGAAAAUUACAAAAAUGCUUGCUAUGCAAAAUGAUACUUAUCUAGUGAUGAAUUGUUAAUUAUAGUCCUCUGUUACUUAAGAAUGUGAUUGCACCUAAUAACGUGUUCUAUUACAGGAAAGAUGUUUUCAGCUUAGAAACUAAAUAACCAAAUAACCUCACAUAUCCAGUGCUUCAAUUUUGAUUUAUUUCUAUUUUGAGCAAGUAUGUUUGCAGUUGCUAUCUGACAUGCAAAUCAGAUUUCUCUAUGUAACUUACUACAGGAUCAAACCGUAAAGUAUGGUGGUUUAUGUUUUCUAUAUAUCAAAAUAAAUACAGGUUGUGGAAUUGCAUGAAGUUGGGGAGGUUGUUUGUUUUGAUUCUUGUUUUUUGUUGCUUGUUUUGUUUUGGAGGGAUUUUAUUUGAGUGUUUUUGCUUGCAGAAAAAAAAUCUUUUAAAGAGAUGAUUCUAUAGCAUUUCCAAGGCACAUAUAUGCAUUGACUGUCACAUUAAAGGGCAAUGUUCUGAGCUUUCUGUACAACCGCUGCCAGGUUAGAGUAGCCCUGUAACUUUAAUCUUCAGUGGUUUUCCCUCUCUCCUGUGGAUCUAUUCUGUCAGCCCAUUAAGCUGCUCGUGCAGUCAGUGAAUAGUAAUGAUUGGCUCGGUGGUUAAAAAUACUCCUGGUUCCCAAUAGCCUCUUGCUUCCUCCUCACUCAACAUAAUCUGGUCUCCCCCCUUGAGGGAAACUCGCUACACAUACUCAACGUCUGAUUCUCCUGACCUGAUUUCUCUUGUAUUUUUUCAAAAUCUGCUGGUGACCAUGGGAAGGUAUACACAGUAGCACUGACCUCCUCAUCGCUACCAACAGCAGUCUCAGCUUUAACCAGGGGUCAUAUGGGGAUCAUUUGAGAUUCAGAAUCAGGGGUCCCUUCUGCCUCAUCAUCAUCACUGUCGGACAAAACAUCCUCAUCCCAGGUUUCAGAGUUUGGCUUACGCAUUAAUUUACGAAUCUGUUUGAUUAGGGCAGAAGGUUGCAUUUUAUCUAAUUGCCGAUUUACCCUUUCCAACAGCCAUUUAAGAUGAAUGCUCACUCACAAGGCUAUCAACUCAGAUUCCUAAUUUUUCUCCUGUCUCCCUUUCAGAUUCUAAUGAUGACUUUAACACCUUAUUCUCCUAUUUCAAGGCUGUGUGUUCUACACCGGAAAUCAGUUUGAGAACAGAGGCUCCUAAAGCCUGUUUAAACUCUCUCAUUUCUUGCUGAACACAAGUCAAACAGGCUCCUAACACCGCACAAAUGACUUUCUUAUCCUUUUUUAUUCCAAUCUUUUUUGCAGCCUGAUAGUGCUCAAUGUAUUCUAGUACUUUCUCUUCAUCCUUCCAAAACUUUUGAGCCCACUCCUUCCCAGCUUGGAAAGGGGCACAGUUAUAUUUUUGCAGCAGCUUCUCCAUGGCAAUCCUGUCCAUGAUGUCAUUUUUUACCGUCACAUUAAAGGGCAACAUUCUGAGUGAUGCCUAAUUUGGCACUAUAAGUCUAGUCAUGUUCAACAUAUGAACUAUCACGAUUACGGAUUCACAAAUAGCGCUGUGAGAAAUAACUCAAAUGAUUUUUCGGAGACUGGAUCUCUUGUGAAAAAGUUUUAAUUUGCAAUUGGGCAUCCUGCAAACAGGAGUGCACAACCAAAAACACAUCACAGCCUUAUAUCCCCUAAUCCCCUAUUCCCACCCCCUACGCUAGGAAUUCCUCCCAUUUCCUUGUUGAUUAAGUACUCCAGGUUCACAAUUGUCAUGGUUUUAGGAUUUUGGGUUAUUGGUAGUCCACAUCAAAACAUCAUGUAACAUAACAUCAUAACAUCAUCUCCGGAAGAGAAGAAGAACUACAUACCCCAGGGGGCUUUGCAUUCAGAGAGGAGAUAUAACCCCUAGAAAGGUCACCUGAUGUCCUUUUUUUUUUUCUUAUGCUCUCCUCCCUGCUGCUUGUCCCAACCAUAUGCAUCGCCACAGCACUAGCGUAAGGCCUACAGCUUUCAGAUACUCUCUCUCAUUAUAUUUGCUUUAUUAGCUUCAAUUCUAAUUAUAUUGUAUUAUAGUGUGUAAUCUUGCAUUCCGAUACUAUAUUUACUAAAUUAGUUUGUUUCUCCUCAGAUCGUUGCUGCUGUUUUUAAUUAUUUUGGGGUCCCCUGUUUCCCUUUUCCGGAGGCGCAGAUUCGCAAACUGCCUCUGCCCCACUAGUCAUGGAACCGGGCCGAACCAGCCCGUAAACCGCUGAUAUUUCUUGGUGGAGAAUGCGAGCAAAAGCUGCUUUUUAGCUUUUUAGAACAAAUCUCUCUCUCUGCUCUCAGAGAAUUUGUUAGGAAACUUUAUCUCUUUUGCAGGUGCUCACUGAAGACUUCACCUUGAAAGUCCAGGUGGACUGCCAGUAUUCUGGGAUAUUUAUAAACUCUGAGCACUGCUAACUUGCUUCUAUAAAGAGUAAAAAAAAAAGAUUCUGCUUUCUCUUAAACCUGUUUGCAGAGGGAGCUGCUAAUUUUACAGAACUUGUGAUUUUUAAGCAGGCUCCCCAUCUCCUUGAAUCCUUUAUGCAUUUUCUGAAUGCUCAUCUGAUCACGUUGUUAAUCUCCCUGAAUGUGCUGUUCAUUAUUUUACUGAUUUCACUCAGUAUAUGGAUUUAUAAUAUUUUGAGGAAGCCUUUCCCAGAACAAGAGAAUACUGAGUGGCAGGGAGUGUGGAGAGGCUUGGGAGAGACUUUAGAGAGAUGGACAUCCUUGGUGUCCUGGAACUUUACUCCUGAACACCUGAAAGACCCUGAGAGCUGAAACAGAUAUUUGAGACAGGAAUGUUGUGUCUUAGGCAGAUCUGAGGAGGCACAAAUGAUUUGGGGCCUGGCUAAUGCUUAUCGGGCCUUAUUUAAUACUAUCCCAGAGAGGGAGAGGGUUUCUGAAAUUGAGAGAGAGUCUCUGUGCUGAAAGCGAGUGUCUCAGAGCUGAGAGGGAGAUUCUCAGGGAGACAGUACAAAAUGAGUGAGAGAGUCUCCAAGCCGAAAAGGAGAGCUUCCAGGAGAGACUCCAAGCCGUGAGGGAGAAUCUCCAGGCUGAGCAAGAGAGUCUCCUUGUUGAGAGAAAAGGCCUCCAGUCUGAGCGAGACACCCUCCAGUCCGAGAGAGAUGCCCUCUGAACCCAGAGAGACUCCCUUCAAUCCAAACUCAAACACCUUCAAUUUCAACAAGACACCCUCUGCUCUGAGCGAGACGCCCUCUGGUCCAAACAAAAUGCGUCCGGUCCGAGAGGGUCAUCCUCAUGUCCAAAUGGGACGUACUCCGAACUGAGUGAGAUGCCUUCCAGCACGCAAAAUUCAGUCUCCAAAUUGAAUGAAGUAGACUUCAGGUUCAUCAAGUCAUGCUCGAAUCUGAACUAAUACCCUCAUAAUCAAAUGAGACAGACUCCAAGCCGAGCUGGAAAGUGAGAGCAGCGGAACUGACCAACCUGAUCAACCACAGGAGGCACCACAAUUGAUGUCAGUUGCCCCGUAAGAGGAAGGAAAAUGAAACAAAUCUCAACUCACUCACACUAAGAGAAGAAAGAGGAGGAGGGAAAAGUAGAGGAAGCAGACGCUGUAAGAGAAGAGGAGGAAAGAGGUCCAGAGGAGUGGCUCCAUGAUCCAGGGGAAUCACCCCUGAGUCCAGGGGAGAGACCCCCAAUAAGAUCGCAGUCACCAAUGCCCAGGAGGGUAACAAGAAGUCCUGAAAGAGUAGGAGUGAAGACUGGCAAGUAUCUAGGUCAGGGUCAAUAUCGGGAACUAGUUCUGAUUCUGAAUCCGAGGAAGAUAGAGAGAAAAACAGUUGUGAAGAGAGUGAAUCUGACUAUGAACCAAAAAACAAGGUCAAAAGCCAGAAACCUCCAAGGAGAAUUAAGCCCAAAAGUUGCAAGAAGGGCACAGGACAGAAAAAGAGGCAGUUUGAUUCAUCAGACGGUGAUGAUGAUUAUGACAAGAGAGGAUCUCGUCGCCAGGCAACGGUCAAUGUUAGUUACAAAGAAGCUGAAGAAACCAAGACAGAUUCUGAUGAGUUGUUGGAAGUUUGUGGAGAAGAUGUCCCACAGCCUGAAGAAGAUGAAUUUGAAACUAUAGAGAAGUUCAUGGAUAGUCGAAUUGGCCGAAAAGGAGCCACUGGUGCUGCAACCACCAUCUAUGCAAUUGAGGCAGAUGGUGACCCAAAUACUGGAUUUGAAAAGUCAAAAGAGCCAGGAGAAAUACAGUAUCUUAUUAAAUGGAAAGGCUGGUCACACAUUCAUAAUACUUGGGAAAGUGAAGAAACUCUGAAGCAACAAAACGUUAAAGGAAUGAAGAAACUAGACAAUUAUAAGAAAAAGUGUCAGGAAACAAAACGAUGGCUGAAAAAUGCUUCUCCAGAAGAUGUGGAAUACUAUAACUGCCAACAGGAAUUUACAGAUGAUCUACAUAAACAGUAUCAAGUAGUGGAAAGGAUAAUUGCUCAUUCAAAUCAGAAAUCAGCAGCUGGUUAUCCAGAUUACUAUUGCAAAUGGCAGGGUCUGCCUUACUCAGAAUGUAGCUGGGAAGAUGGUGCUCUCAUUGCCAAAAAAUUUCAGGCAUGUAUUGAUGAGUAUUUUAGCAGAAAUCAGUCCAAGACCACUCCAUUUAAGGACUGCAAGAUUCUAAAACAGAGGCCAAGGUUUGUUGCGUUAAAGAAGCAACCAUCUUAUAUUGGAGGACGCGAUUGUUUAGAGUUAAGAGAUUAUCAGUUAAAUGGACUGAACUGGCUUGCUCAUUCAUGGUGCAAAGGGAAUAGUUGUAUUCUUGCAGAUGAAAUGGGUCUGGGUAAAACAAUACAAACAAUUUCUUUUCUGAACUACCUGUUCCAUGAACAUGAACUGUAUGGGCCUUUCUUGCUGGUUGUGCCACUUUCUACCUUGACAUCUUGGCAAAGAGAGAUUCAAACUUGGGCUCCUCAGAUGAAUGCUGUGGUUUACUUAGGAGAUAUAACUAGUAGAAAUAUGAUAAGAACUCAUGAAUGGAUGCAUCCACAGACCAAGCGAUUAAAAUUUAAUAUACUUCUAACAACUUAUGAAAUCUUGCUGAAGGAUAAGUCAUUCCUUGGUGGUCUGAAUUGGGUGUUUAUAGGGAUUGAUGAAGCUCAUCGUUUAAAAAAUGAUGAUUCUCUUCUGUACAAGACUUUAAUAGACUUCAAGUCUAAUCAUCGUCUUCUUAUUACUGGAACCCCGCUGCAGAACUCCCUCAAAGAGCUUUGGUCUUUGCUGCACUUCAUCAUGCCAGAGAAGUUUUCUUCCUGGGAAGAUUUUGAAGAGGAGCAUGGGAAAGGGAGAGAGUUUGGUUAUGCAAGUCUUCACAAAGAACUUGAGCCAUUUCUACUCAGAAGAGUUAAAAAGGAUGUAGAAAAGUCUUUACCUGCUAAGGUUGAGCAAAUUUUAAGGAUGGAAAUGAGUGCAUUGCAGAAGCAAUAUUACAAGUGGAUUUUAACCAGGAAUUAUAAAGCCCUGAGCAAAGGUUCUAAAGGCAGUACCUCAGGAUUUUUGAACAUCAUGAUGGAACUGAAGAAGUGUUGUAACCAUUGUUACCUCAUUAAACCACCAGAUGAUAAUGAAUUCUAUAAUAAACAGGAGGCUUUACAGCAUUUAAUACGUAGCAGUGGGAAACUAAUCCUCCUUGACAAGUUACUGAUUCGUCUACGAGAACGUGGCAACAGAGUACUGAUUUUCUCUCAGAUGGUGAGGAUGCUAGACAUCCUAGCAGAAUACUUGAAGUAUCGUCAGUUUCCUUUUCAGAGACUUGAUGGAUCAAUAAAAGGAGAACUGAGGAAACAAGCACUGGAUCAUUUCAAUGCAGAAGGAUCAGAGGAUUUCUGCUUUUUGCUGUCUACCAGAGCUGGAGGAUUAGGUAUAAAUUUGGCAUCUGCUGACACUGUAGUUAUAUUUGAUUCUGACUGGAAUCCACAAAAUGAUCUGCAAGCACAGGCUAGAGCUCAUAGGAUUGGACAAAAGAAACAGGUUAAUAUUUAUCGGCUAGUCACAAAAGGAUCAGUAGAAGAAGAUAUUCUUGAAAGAGCCAAGAAAAAGAUGGUGUUAGAUCAUUUAGUGAUUCAGAGAAUGGACACCACAGGGAAAACUGUACUACAUACAGGCUCUACUCCUUCAAGCUCAACACCUUUUAAUAAGGAAGAGUUAUCAGCAAUUUUGAAGUUUGGUGCUGAGGAACUUUUUAAAGAACCUGAAGGGGAGGAAGAGGAGCCUCAGGAGAUGGAUAUAGAUGAAAUCCUGAAGAGGGCUGAAACUCGAGAAAAUGAGUCAGGCCCAUUAACUGUAGGAGAUGAGUUACUUUCACAGUUCAAGGUAGCUAACUUUUCCAAUAUGGAUGAAGAUGACAUUGAAUUGGAACCAGAACAAAAUCUAAGAAACUGGGAAGAAAUCAUUCCAGAAGUUCAGUGGCGACGAAUAGAAGAGGAGGAAAGACAAAAAGAACUUGAAGAAAUAUAUAUGCUUCCAAGAAUGAGAAACUGUGCAAAACAGAUCAGCUUUAAUGGAAAUGAAGGGAGAUGCAGUAGGAGCAGAAGAUAUUCUGGAUCUGAUAGUGAUUCCAUCUCAGAAAGAAAACGACCAAAAAAACGUGGACGACCACGAACUAUUCCCCGUGAAAACAUUAAAGGAUUUAGUGAUGCAGAGAUUAGACGAUUUAUCAAGAGUUACAAGAAAUUUGGUGGCCCACUUGAAAGGUUAGAUGCUAUAGCUAGAGAUGCUGAGCUAGUUGAUAAAUCUGAAACAGACCUUAGACGUCUGGGAGAACUUGUACAUAAUGGAUGCAUUAAGGCUUUAAAUGAUAAUGACUUUGGUCAAGGAAGAACAGGUGGUAGAUUUGGGAAAGUUAAAGGCCCAACAUUCCGAAUAGCAGGAGUGCAGGUGAAUGCAAAGCUAGUCAUUUCUCACGAAGAAGAGUUGGCACCAUUGCAUAAAUCGAUUCCUUCAGAUCCAGAAGAAAGGAAAAGAUAUGUCAUCCCAUACCACACCAAAGCAGCUCAUUUUGAUAUAGAUUGGGGUAAAGAAGAUGAUUCCAAUCUGUUAAUAGGCAUCUAUGAAUAUGGUUAUGGCAGUUGGGAAAUGAUAAAAAUGGAUCCUGAUCUCAGUUUGACACAGAAGAUUUUACCUGAUGAUCCAGAUAAGAAACCCCAGGCUAAGCAGUUACAGACUCGUGCAGAUUACCUCAUUAAAUUACUGAAUAAAGACCUUGCAAGAAAGGAAGCACAGAGACUUGCUGGUGCAGGCAAUUCAAAGAGGAGAAAAACAAGAAGUAAGAAGAAUAAAGCAACAAAGGCUGCAAAAAUAAAAGAAAUAAAGAAUGACUCCUCAUCACCACCCUCAGAAAAAUCUGAUGAUGAUAAUGAGGAUGAGAUUGUUUCAGUGAAACAUCCACAUAAAAAAAUAAAAGCAGAAAAAGAAAAUGAAGAAAAAGAUGAGCCAGAUAUUGGUAUAAAGAAGGAAGCUGGAGAAAAAAGAGAGACAAAAGAAAAGGAAAAUAAGAGAGAUUUGAAAAGGGAGAAAAAAGAAAAAGAGGAUAAGAAAGAAUUAAAAUAUAUUAAAGAAAAGAGAGAAAACAAAGUAAAAGAAUUCAUACAGAAAGUAAAAGAAGUAAAGGAAGAGAAGGUAAAUGAAAUCAAAUCUGAAUAUAAAGAAAAAAAUAAAAAAGUUCCAUUAUUGGAUAUUCCAGUUCAUAUUACUGCAAUUAGUGAACCAGUUCCUAUAUCUGACGAAUCUGAAGAACUGGAUCAGAAGACAUUCAGUGUGUGCAAAGAAAGAAUGAGGCCUGUUAAAGCAGCACUGAAACAACUGGAUCGACCAGAGAAAGGCCUUUCUGAAAGGGAACAGCUGGAACAUACUAGACAGUGCCUAAUCAAAAUUGGGGACCACAUUACUGAAUGUUUAAAGGAGUACACAAAUCCUGAACAAAUUAAACAGUGGAGAAAAAACUUGUGGAUUUUUGUCUCUAAGUUUACAGAAUUUGAUGCCAGAAAGUUGCACAAACUAUAUAAGCAUGCAAUCAAAAAACGCCAAGAAUCUCAGCAACACAGUGACCAGAACAUUGCUGCUAAUGUGAACACACAAGUAAUUAGAAAUCCAAAUGUGGAAAGUCUAAAAGAGAAUACAAACCAUGAUGACAGUAUCAGGGACAGUUAUUCUUCUGACAGACAUUUGUGUCAGUACCAUGAUCAUCAUAAGGACAGAUAUCAGGGAGAUACUUAUAAGAAAAGUGACUCUAGGAAAAGGCCCUAUUCAGACUUCAGCAAUGGAAAAGAUCAUAGAGACUGGGAUCACUACAAAGACAGCAGAUACUGUAGUGAUAGUAAGCAUAGAAAGUUGGAUGGCCAUAGGAGCAGAGAUCACAAGUCAAACCUAGAAGGAAGUUUAAAAGACAGCAGGCCUCAUUCAGAUCACCGUUCCCAUUCAGAUCACCGGAUACAUUCAGAUCACCGUUCCACUUCAGAGUACAGCCAUCAUAAAUCUUCCAGAGAUUAUAGGUACCACUCAGACUGGCAAAUGGACCACCGAGCUUCUGGUAGUGGCUCAAGGUCACCAUUAGAUCAGAGGUCUCCUUAUGGUUCAAGAUCUCCAUUUGAACACUCAUCAGAUCACAAAAGUACACCUGAACAUACAUGGAGUGGCUGGAAAACAUAACAAAGACUGACAUUUUCUGGACCUUCUUUUAGCCAUAUACAGUAAACUAACACAGUAAUUGCCUUAUGUGACUUGAAAGACUGUAUAUUCUAUCAGUAGCAGUAUUGUUACUUCUUCCCAGGAUUCAAGGUCUAUUAUUCCAACAAAAAAAAUAUUUUUGUAUUUAAAGUUUAUGCUGCACAGUGCUGCAAAUGCUGUGGCACUUUUUUUUUUUUUCUUAAGAAAUGAAUACUGUUUACUUUUACAGGGACCUCAACACUGCCCUGUUCAGACUGGAUCUUAUAAAACUGUUUUUAGGCAGAAUGCAGUUGAAAUUGUUUGUAAAUGAAUUUUUAAACACUGACAUGUGAUCUUGUUUCAAGAAGGAAUGAGAAGUUUGCUUUGUUUUCUUAGUAAAGAAUUCUCAAGGAUUUUGUUCACUUUCCAAAGCUACAUGUUUACAUUCUACAGUGCAACCACCUAGCGGCUUUUCAUCACAAGCUUGAAUAUUUAAAUUCUGUACCUAUAACUGUAAAAUAGCUAGGAUUUCUCCUGUUUGUGAUCAGAUGUAAUAAAGCCUUUUUACAAUAAAUAAAUAAAUUGAAAUGGCUGCAAAUAAAUUAAAUUUUUCUUCCAUUUUGCUUGUUCCUUUCCCCACCAACUCAGGCCUUCCUGUCACAAGUAUUCAAAACAGGCAGUGUACUAAUUAUUUUUAAUAAAAUAGCCUGAUGAAAAUCACUGUUCAGAAUGUAGAAAAGGAACAGUUUUCUUGCAUUUAGUGCCCAUUUUUCUUUGAUACUUCAGAUAAAUAUUUUGGGGCUUUAUUCUAGUUAGCUUUUUUUUUCUGUUGAACUGUCAAUAUUGUUAUUUGUUGUAGCAAAAUGGUGGGAAAUAGUCAAAAUGUUUUCUGGAAAGCUUUUUCCAGUCCAUUGGUUUUAAAGGAGGAGUGUUCAAUAUCUAAACAGUGAACUUCAGAAUCCAAAUUAGCCAAAAUUGAUUGUACAUCCAUUUGUUUUCCAUUUUAAAAUGGGCAAUAAUGUCAAAUGUACUAUGUGGCCAGCUAAUAUUUUAGAAAAUUUGAAUGACUUUAAUAGAAUUGUUACAAUGCACACUGAUUGUACAUAGACAACAUCUAUCUGAUAAAAUAAAUUUAAAAGUAUAUGUGA